AUGGGGGAUAGGGCGGAAUUGGGCCUCCGGUACAUUAUAAUAUCUUUAGCAGCUUUGUCUUCCAUUAAAGCUAGCCCAGCAGAUAAUAAAAGAAAUUUGACCUUCGCAGCCACAGUACUAUUUUACUGCGACUUAAACGGGGACAAACUUGUAGCUGCUGGUAAGGUUAAUAAAGCAAUAGAAGAUAUAAUACGGGAAUACAUACAAACAAACAUAAAAGAUGUGCCAGUUGAAGUCAUGCCUAUAUACGAAGAGAUAUCUGAAGUCCCACCUGUAGAGGAACUUAACAAAUUAAUAGAUGAGAAAUAUAAACAAUUCUACGUGACGUACGUUCCACUGAGAGUGAUUUUAAAGAUCUCUCUAGGUUUAUUGAAGUUGCCAAGGUUGCGGGGUAAGCGCAUAAUGUACCAUGGUCUCAGACUGGAACAGGAGAAGGAACUGGGUGGCUUAAACUACCCUUUAAUUUUCUUUGCUGUUUUGUCAUGUGUAUCAGCUACCCCGACAAGGGAUGACGAAAGCAAAGAAAAGUAUGUACUAGCUACUGUAUUAUUCUACUGCAAUGAGAAAGGGGAUAAAAUAGUUGCCGCUGGAGAAGUACCAAAAAAAGUGAAUAUGAUAAUUAAGAAGGACGUAGAACGUAUAUACAAUAACAAAAAUACAAAAAUAGUUCCGAUUUACCGAAAGUAUUCCGAUGUCCCGAAAAUAAAUGAAGUUUAUAAUGAAAUUAGAAAUAAACAUGACAAAGUAUUUACUUCAUCAUUACCAGAAGGGCUUUCGUCAAGGUUGGUAGAGAAAAAAUCGAAACUCUUUGAGAAAAAUGGGAAGGUAUCUGGUAUACAGCGUUUCAAAAGAGAAUUCGUCAAGAACAAAAGCGACCUUCUUGAUAAAGAUAUUGAGUCUAACGUUGUACCAACAACAAGUCAGGACUAUAGGAAAUCAUUGUCUGUUUAUAUGAAAGCAGGCAGUCCUGAUGUGGAGGGAUUUGUACCAAACACAGUUUACUACGCAGCUCAGCUAAAAUACCGUACUAACGAUAAAAUUAUUAAAACUUUAAAGGCGAUGUUGAAUGAACCUAAGAAAAAAAUAUAG